AUGGAGAGUCUCCCCAAAGGCUUGCUGACCACGGCGACCAAGGUAUCGACGGAGCUGGAUGGCAUGGGCCCGGUGGAUGUUGGAGAUGUUGUGCAGCUAUGGAGAGUCUACAGUGCCAAUCCCUCAGCGCACGAUGACGAUGUGGGAUACCGACUCGAAAACUUCUUCUGGAGGAUAUGGGGUAGCCAGUGCCUGAGUCAGAGUCUCCGGGGAUCUACGCUAGCCAACCUGUUUUUGCGUAUCUCCGAUCCCAAUCCGUUCAGUUUAGUGCAGUUGAGCAGGGCGGCGAAAGCAGCUCGAUCAUCCACGGAACAAAACGAGAGAAAGAUUUCGGAAAAGCCAAGCGGUAGUAGCAGCAAGGUGCCACUUCAUCCCAUCUUGAAGAAGCCUAGAAACGGAAGUUCCAGCGGUGAACCACACAAGACAACUCGUCUGCUUCUCACGGACAUUGACGGUCAAAGCACCACUCGCAAACCAUCGAAUCCCCCUACUCCAGUUCCCCCAUCCGCGCCCACGAUGGGCGACACUGCGCCCCGGCAGACGCAGAAGAAAGCGUUUGUUGUGGCGAGCAAGGCAAAGAACAUGAAGCGUCGGCCUGUCAUCAUGCGACGCAAGUCCUUACAGCAGUCGUCUGGUACUAGUUCUGCCCGUGCCCAAAGCCCACAAGAAAGCCCACAAGCAAGCCCCCCACAACUGACCUUGGGUUAUCAUGAAAACCCUCCUACGCAGGAAAGCAGCAGUGUAUCUGACGCUGUGGCCGGUAAGCACUGCGAGGAUUUCAAAUGUCCUUUUCCAGACCUUAUUGUGUCUCCGGAAGACAACACGACUGGACCACCCAGCAAAGGUCUUUUUGCAGAAGACGUGUUGGAAAAAGCAGUCAGCGAAGAUAAACCCCAGGAGGAGCAACUACCCGAUCUCCCGGCCUUGUUUUUGUCUGAUCUGAGGGAACUUCUCGACACAGACCGUCCAGCAGAAGUGUAUGUCAAACCCCCGCCACCACGUCGAAGAGGGUUCUAUUCAAUCAAGUCCUCCCCCCCUAAACCAAACUUUUUCUCAUCCAGUGCAUGUCGCCGCUACGAUGCACGAUAUCUGUCGACGGAGAACUACGAACAACCGUCUUCCAUGAAACUUGUGGAUAAGAACUUCCGACAGCGGUUCUCAGAUCGAGUGCGCCAGGAGCAGGUUCUGGUUUCUUCCAUAGGAGCGCCCGAACCCGAGGUAGAGCCAAAGGCAGCACCCCCCAAACCGAUCCGGGCCGAAUCCAGUAGCACCAUCACCAAUGCCACUCUUUCCCCCUCCCGGUUCGGAGACUCGCACGGGAAUGCAUCCACGGCGCCGAGCUCCACCGUACCUUUCCGAACACCAUCCCACGAUGAUAGCUCUGCGUUUUCUACUGAUCAAGACAGCACGGACGAGGAUGUACCGUCUCUGCUGACGCCAUUCUCCAUGCCGCCCAGCCGAAGUCAGCUCAGUCUAAUGAUCGAGCGGAGUCGACAGCCAGGGACUGAAGAGAAUGAGCAAGUCCGGCGUCAGCCCGCACAGAGCAAGACAGAAAUUGCAGAGAUUGAAGAGAUUGAGGAGAUCAGAGAGUAG